GUAAAAAAUGGGAGGUUCUGAAAGUUUCGUCUGAGGGAGGGAGCAGAGAACUUCGCCGUUUAUCUGCCUGCGUUGACAAGCCUUAAGGCGGCUUAGAUGGUGUUUAUUUAGCACACAAAGAAGAGAAGGGAAGUGAUAGACCGUCCCCGUCCAUACAAAUCCGAAAUGGAAGAAAAUGAUGAAAUGGACUCACUGUUUGAGGGGAUGGUCCUGUUCGAUCCUUCUGAAAUGGUGUCUGGAGAUCCGGAUAUCGACGACGUCGGAAUUGGACAUCUAGACCGGCGGGGCUCAGACAUAGCUGCCGUUGUUAAUGUCGGAGCAGCUCAACCGGCUGUCCCACCUAUUCAAGUUCCGGCCCAAUCAAAUCAUAUUCAGCCGCUCGAUGAGAACCUGUUCUCUGAUCUUACACUUGUCUCUCCCCCAAGAUCCCCAGAAGUAGAGGAUUUCAAGUCUCCGCCCGGUCCAUCUUCAAACUCGGUACUUUCUCGCCAGAAUUCUACUGCCCGGAAGAAGAAGAGAGCUGGUUUAAGGAUUGGAUAUGGUAGGAAUAGAUAUUAUGCCUCCGAUUCAGUCCCAACCACCUCUCCCCCGGGUGAUCAUUCAAAGGAGGGGAAGGAAAAAGGGCAUAACGAAGAACUAGAAAAAGAAGAAGAAGACAGUUAUGCUGCUGAAGAAGGUGAAGAGCACGACUCCACCAUAAUCUCUGCCGCUCACGACUGUGAUUCUCAAAAAACAUCGCGAAGCAUUCAUUCUAAUGAUGAUGCACUUUCCCAUAAGGCGGAUAGCCUGGGUUCGUGUGGAGUUGGUGAAAAUGUAACAUCUGAGCAAUUAAAUUGUAACAAGAGUCAUAAACCAGUUGAGUUACGAUUUGAACAACUUAAAACCCUCAUUUCUAGUAAGCUUAAAAUGGCCAAUGAGACUGUAGCUUCCAUAUCUUCAGAGAAGAAGGAAUCGAUUAGGAAGAGGAGAAAAGCUGCCAGGAAUGUAACUCAAGCAUUUGGUGAGUAUAAAGAGCUAGAGAAGAAGCUGGAUGAAGCUUGUGAGGCUGAAGACUUUGAGAAAGCUGAAAGAGUUAGUGAGAGUUUAGCUUUGGCUGAGAAGGAAAAGGAACGGCUGACAGUUGAUCUCAGAGAUGCUGAAGCCCAGAGCAGUGCUGUUGACUCUAAGAUGCAGGAGGCUCUUGACUCGCUAAUUCAUGUUGAGGAGGAAUGCGCCUCUAUGUUGCAGAGCUUUGCAUUGGUCAGUUCGUUAUGAUAAUCAAAUUUCCAAUUGAAUGAUGGUUUUGCUAUAAGCUUUUAGUAUCAAAUUUAAAUAUGGAGUAUGUACAUCAUUAUAGUGUUUUUUGGUGUGUAAAUGAAUAUGUGAUGCUAUGUACUGCUUCAAGAAUAUCAUGUUCACACACCUUGACUACUGACUCCAUUACAGAACUACAUGACUCAAGCUUAGUUGCAGUUUACUGGAUUUGCGAGAAGCUCUGUGUGCACUCAAGAUAGCUUUCCUAUGUGUUCAUUUUUCAAUAGUUGCAUUAGUUUGAUACAAAAGAGAAUUAUUUUUUCUCUCAGGAUGCCAUAUGUGAUGCAGAAUUGGAUGUAACAACUGCAGAAGGAUUGUCAUCCAAACAAAUGCAGGAGUGGGAGUUGUCCGCUGAAGCAAUAGAGAUCCAAAAGAUGGAAUUGGAGAUUGAAGCUGAAUUGGUGUUUGAGGCGCAAAAGGUUCUUAAGGAUUCCAUAGAGCAAUAUGUUGAGGAUGACCGAAGAGAGAGAAAUAUUCUUUGCAAGAAAAAAGAAGUGUUAACGGAAGAGCUGAAACAACUGCUUGCUUUAGUGAAAGCAAAGGAAGAAGAAAUAGCAGAAAAUGAUUCUCUCAUUGAAAAAGUUGACAGAAGGAUUGACUGUGUAAUGUCUAGCUCUCAAGAAGCCGAAACUAGUAUUAAUGAAAAUUAUCAGAAUCUGCAAUCUAGACUGUCUGAACUUCUCUUAGAAAAUGAAUCUCUAUUGGAGAAGAAGAAAGAGAUUGAUUAUUAUGCUUCCCAGGAGGAAUCUAGGAAAGCAAAGAUUAGGGAUCUCUCUAGGAUUUCAGCAGAUGAAGCAAACAUGUUUACAGAAGUUGUUGGGUUACGUAAGAGUCUGGCUCAGUUUGUUUUGAAAUCCAAGGAGGAUAGAGUUAGGCUUUCUAUAAAUGAGGAUGAACUUGCAAUCCAAAUCCAAAUGCUCCAACAGCAAAUUUCUGCUGCAAGAACAUCACUUCAGGAACUAUCAUCAUCAAAGUCAAAGAUCCAGCAAGAUAUUGAUUCCUCAAAGCAGAGAUUUCUCCUUAUAGACAAGAGAGUUCCAGAGCUCGAGGCAGAGAAAAAGGUGGCUGCUGCUGCAAGAAAUUUUAAGGAAGCAGCACGCCUGUCAACAGAGGCGAAGGAAUUGUGCAUGGAAAAGGAUAGAAUACAAACCAAAUUGGAAGGUGCAGAAUUAGAGGUCAAGAAAGUUGAAGAAGAGAUUUGCCUUAUCGUUGAGAGACUGAAAGAAACGGAAGCUCAAGUUUCAGAAAAGGAGAGAGAAUUGGCUAUGGCUAGAUUCCAGAGGCUAAUUUUAGUUGACAGAGCUUGCAGAGAAGAGAGAUCAGUUGCUUUAGAGUUGGGUGACCUUGAAGAGGCAGAUGCUUUGCUGGAGGAGGCUGAAGCAGCAGUUUCUGAAGCAAGAAAACUUCAACCGAUAUAUGGUUUUCAAGAAGAGUUAAUUACCCUACCUAAACAUUUCAUAUCAGCUGAACUUGUCUCCAAGCUUCAAGGCAGGCAAUUGGCCGAACUCGCAGCAUCUGUUAAUAUUUUGGCAUCAUGAUGACCAAAACCUUCAUCUUUCCUCUUUUGGGGCAAUGCAUGGGCGGUUUUGUGUGGAGAAAAGGAGUCUUGGGUGGCAAAUUCGAGUUGUAACAUUUUUGAAGGACAGGCUGGUGUUGGUACUACAAAUGAGCCCUAUAUUCAUUUUAAAGCAUCCAAGUUCAAAUCCUUGGAUGAUAGGAGCUUCUGGAACUUGUGAUGGUGAGGUGUACCUUGUAUUUUGAUUUGGGAUUUAAUUUAUAUUAGAGGUUGGUCAUUCGCAUUUAUUUAUUUCAGAGAUAGAAUUAUUAUUUUAAAGAGUUUGCCUAAUCAUCUACCAUUGAAUACAUCUCAUAUAACCUGCCUCAGUUGCCUUUAUGUAAGAAUUCCUUCUUUGAUUUGGGCCGCUUGCAUAGUCUAACUGGUAUCAUACUAUCAUUACUCAUGGU